GGCGCUCCGGGCCUGGCGUCUUGGCCGUGCAACCUUCGCCACCUAACCUACCCCGGCACGGCACGACCCAGCCCGGCCCCAUGUACCGCGCGCUUUACGCCUUCCGCUCGGCGGAGCCCAACGCUCUGCCAUUCUCCGCGGGCGAGACCUUCCUGGUGCUGGAGCGCAGCAGCGCGCACUGGUGGUUGGCGGCGCGAGCGCGCAGCGGCGAGACGGGUUACGUGCCACCCGCCUACCUGCGCCGCCUGCAGGGCCUGGAGCAGGAUGUCCUGCAGGCCAUUGACCGGGCCAUUGAGGCUGUGCACAAUGCAGCCAUGCGGGAUGGUGGCAAGUACAGCCUGGAGCAGCGCGGGGUCCUCCAGAAGCUGAUCUACCACCGGAAAGAGACCCUGUCCCGCAGAGGCCCCUCAGCCCCCAGCCCUGCAGCUAUGACCCCGUCCGCCAGUGACCACCACCUGGAUGCUGCUGCUGCCAGGCAGCCCAAUGGGAUGUGUCGUGCUGGGUUCGAGCGGCAACACAGCCUGCCCAGUUCUGAGCAUGUCGGGGUAGAUGGAGGCCUCUACCAGAUCCCACCUCAGCCUCGCCGAGCAGCACCUGCCACACCACCCCCACCCGUGAAACGUCGAGACCGUGAGGCUCUGGUGGCCUUGGGGAGUGGCGGCCGCACCACCACGCCCUCGGCGGGGAGCUCUGUGUCCAGCGGCUCCUCGGUCAGCAGCACCUCCCUAGACACACUCUACACUGGCUCCAGCCCAUCUGAGCCAGGCCCCAGCUGCUCACCCACACCCCCACCUGUGCCCCGCCGAGGCACCCAUACCACUGUUUCCCAGGCCCAGACCUCUCCAUCCAAGGUGCCAACCCCCGAGCCCACUGCAGACGAGGUGGCAGUUGGUACAGCCUCGGCCCCUGAUGAGCUGGAGGCCCUGGGUGCACUGAGCCUGGGAACGACAGAGGAGAAGGCAGUGGCUGAGACAGCUGUGCCAAGGAGCAUUGGGGCAGAGCUGAUGGAGCUUGUGCGGAGAAACACUGGCCUGAGCCACGAGCUGUGCCGCGUGGCCAUCGGCGUCGUGGUGGGUCACAUCCAGGCCUCUGUGCCAGCCAGCUCACCCGUCAUGGAGCAGGUCCUCCUCUCGCUGGUAGAGGGCAAGGAUCUGAGCACAGCCCUGCCCUCAGGGCAGGUCUGCCACGACCAGCAGCGGCUGGAGGUGAUCUUUGCAGACCUGGCCCAGCGGAAGGACGAUGCCCAGCAACGCAGCUGGGCACUGUACGAGGAUGAGAGCGUCAUUCGCUGCUAUCUGGAGGAACUGCUGCACAUUCUGACUGACGCGGACCCUGAAGUUUGCAAGAAGAUGUGCAAGAGGAAUGAGUUUGAGUCCGUCUUGGCUUUGGUGGCCUAUUACCAAAUGGAGCACCGGGUGUCACUGCGGCUGCUGCUCCUCAAGUGUUUCGGCGCCAUGUGCAGCCUGGAUGCAGCUAUCAUCUCCACGCUCGUGUCGUCUGUGCUGCCUGUGGAGCUGGCGCGGGACAUGCAGACAGACACACAGGACCACCAGAAGCUCUGCUACUCUGCCCUCAUCCUGGCCAUGGUCUUCUCCAUGGGGGAGGCAGUGCCCUACGCACACUAUGAGCACUUGGGCACACCCUUCGCCCAGUUUCUGCUGAGCGUCGUCGAGGACGGGCUACCUUCGGAUACCACAGAGCAGCUGCCAGACCUUUGUAUGAACCUGCUUCUGGCUCUCAACCUGCACCUUCCAGCUCCUGACCAGAACGUCAUCAUGGCUGCCCUGAGCAAACAUGCCAAUGUCAAGGUCUUCUCCGAGAAGCUGCUGUUGCUCCUGAACAGAGGGGAUGACCCUGUGCGCAUCUUCAUGCAUGAGCCGCAGCCGCCACACUCUGUCCUCAAGUUCCUGCAGGAUGUGUUCGCCAGCCCCACCACGGCAGCCAUCUUCUACCACACAGACAUGAUGGUGCUCAUCGACAUCACUGUGCGGCACAUCGCGGACCUUUCACCCGGAGAGAAGGUGCCUGGACGAGGCUGCAGUGAGGACAGGAACCAUGUGGAAAUGGAACAAAAUGGGGAGGAUGUGACACUGAGUGGAGAAGGGGUCCCAGGGGCACUACUUAAGCCAGCUGCGCAUGGAGUACCUCUCCCUGAUGCAUGCUGUGGUCCGUUCCACGCCCUACCUGCAGCACCGCCACCGGCUGCCCGACCUGCAGGCCACACUGCGCCGCAUCCUGGCUGAGGAGGAGGACUCGCCCCAGUGCCAAAUGGACCGCAUGAUUGUCCAAGAGAUGUGCAAGGAAUUCCCAGUGCUGGGCGAGGCCCCCAGCUAGCGCCCCCUCCUGCCUCCCUUCCCUGCAGCCCCGGGCAGAGUGUAAAGGACCCGGAGGGCUUGGCCCCAAGAAUGUUUUGCACUGGCAGUGUGAAGGGAGAAGGUGGUGGAAGGGCCCUGAGCAGGGACCCCCCACCCAAAGUAGAGCUAAUGCUUGGAGGGGUCAAAUGUGGGAUUGGGGACCAUAGUCUGGGAGUUGUGCCAGGCGGGGUAGGGGGAGAGAUGUGCCAGCUAAAGCCCCUCCAUCCCCUGGUAGGCUGCCUCUUCAGCAUCCCCCACCCAAUACACACGCAUACUCAGAGUCCUGCUGCUCCCCCAGGCUGGGUCAGUGCCCCCAUCCCCACCCGCCUGGUCUAUGUCCUGGACCUCAGCAAGCCAUGUCCUUGAGCUGAGGGGAGGCACCUCCCACCAGCUCUGUUCUUUGCCUUAGCUUUGCAGUUGAGUCCUGCUCAUGUGUGCCCCCAUCCCCUUGGCGUUGCUGCCCCUUUAUCCCACCCCUGGGAUCCUUGGCCAAGUUGCUGCUUUGAAAGCGGGAUCUUAGGGACAGGCCAUCCAUCCUGGAGCCUCACAGGGUGGGGUUAUGGCCCUGAGAAAGCCAAUGACAGAAUCUAUUUUCUCUGUAAAAAUGUAGACUGAAAAGCCAUGUGUAUUUUCCUAUGUGCUGCAUCUUACCUUUGGAAAUAAACCACAGGCAUCUGAAAA